AUGUUUUCUAAAUUUGAUGUUGGUAAUGAAUCUGAAAGUGGUAAAUUGAUGUUGACUAUUAUGCAUCGACCAGGUGAUGAACUUCUUCGGUUAAACGAACACAAUCUUGAUCAACUACUAUUUGAUGCGAUUCCUGAUAUUAAUUCAACAAAAAAAUCGCAUGAUAUUUUCACGAAAUAUUUAAGCGAUCAUGGUACAAAAAUUCUUUAUGUAAAACCACUUCUACGUGAAACACUCAUGCAUAGUACAAGAGCUUGUCAUAUGUUAAUUGAAGGAAUUGUUAAAAAUAGUCUCUACAAUAUAAAUCAUGAUCAUGAAGAUUUAAUUAUGGCUCUUAAUCAAUGGCUAUUAACACGUACACCAGAACAAUUAGUUGAAGAUGUCAUAACUGGUGUUGCCUGCACAAAAGCUGAAUUAGGAAAUUCAGAUUAUGCUGCAACAAUUCUAGCAAUGUAUGAUCGAAAUAAUGAAUUUAUUAUUCCACCAUUACCUAACCUUUUGUUCACACGUGAUGCUUUUUCAGUUAUUGAAAAAAAUGUCUUCAUUUGGCGUAUGGCUAAACUAGCUCGUCAAAAUGAACCUCUUAUUUUUCGUGUCAUAUUUCAAUAUCAUCCACGAUUAUCGACUUCAGGUUUGAAAAUUGUUGAAUGGGAAACAAGAAAUAAUGAUCAAGAAUAUCUAACUGUUGAAGGGGGUGAUUUAGCUUAUUAUGGUCAAGGAAUUUUACUUAUUGGCUGUGGUGAACGAACGAAUCGCAGCAGUAUUGAAGCGCUAGCAAGAACAGGUCUUUUUCGUCAAGUUAUUGCUAUUGUCAUACCUCCGCAACGUGAUUAUAUGCAUCUUGAUACUGUUCUUUCUACGGUCGGUAAACAUGCGUUUACUUUACAUGGUCUAUUAGCUAAUCAAAUGGGCGUUUUUACAAUAGAAACUCAUGAUGGUAAUAAUAAUAUGUUAAUUAAAGCAAGAUGGGUUUCACAUGGACAUGAUGUUCGUCAAGCACUUCGAAAAUUACUCAACGAUUCUGAAUUAAUAUUUUAUGAUGCUGCAGAUGAAGCAACAUCUAUCGUUGAACAACGAGAAUGUCGCCACAAUGUAUUAGUACUUGAUGAUUGUCAUGUUUUGACUUACAAAGGAGGUGACGGAAAAAAAGGUAUUGUUGCACAAAUGAUUCAGAACAAUGUUUGUCGAGUCGGUUUAAUUCCAACUGACGGUUUACUAGAGGGUUGUGGUGGUAUGCAUUGCAUGACGAAUGCGCUUCGGCGGAGACAUUGA